CAUUUGGGGGAUAUCUGUACUGUCCUGACAUUUGGGGGAUAUCUGUACGUCCAAAGAACAUUUGGGGGGUAUCUGUACAUCCUGACAUUUGGGGGGAUAUACUGUACUGUCCUGACAUUUGGGGGAUAUCUGUACCGUCCUGACAUUCUUGGACCUCGAGAUAUUAGAUUGGCUGUCAUUUGUAAACUCUAUAACUUUCCUACA